AUGAACCCGUUCAGACUACUCCGCGAUCAGGAGCCAGAUCCUCCUCAGUACUAUUUCACCCUCCCGGCUCUCGAGGACUCUAUUCGCCCACCGCCAUGCCCGUGUUCCGACUGCCAGGAUGGUUUCUACCCCGAGAAUUCGCAAAAGAACCCGGAGCACUCCUACCACCAAAGACUUUCAAAUGUUCAAGCAGAGAGUCGCGCUCGCUCUUUUGUAGACGAUAUUCAGAAGCGCAGAAGCCGACUGAGCGAAAAGGUUCAGGUCUUCGGUGACAUCCUGAUAACCCGGUGGAAGAAGCAGAGCCAAGCCAAGCGAGCGACAUUACUCAAGGAGGCGGCGCCCGACCUCGAAGCACAACAGUGGCUUCUCCCGCGAUACAACUACAUGCGCGAGAAGUACUACAUUCUUGACAGAAAGGCGGAGCGCAGACGCCAACUCCUACUUCCCUGGCUCAACGUACACGUCCUCAAGACCAAUCCUGCCGUGCUCUUUGCUCUACUCCACUACAGGACGGCCUAUCCUCCGCAGUCCUGGGCGACCUUUGACAGCAAUCAACUCAAAGUCAGCUGGGCAGCUGGGUACUUCGAUGUCGACUUCUCUGCCAAAUGCGUCGUGAUGCAUGGAGAUAUAUUUGGGUCACUGGUGGAUUGGGAAGCAAAAGCCGCGCACCGUGGUGAUAUUCUUGGGUACCCCAGAGCGAUCCUGAUACUCGAAGCACAGGCUUUCCUUCUCAAGGUUCUGUGCAAUAUCGUCGACAAGAUUCUCGAAGGCGUGGAUCCCCUGCAAACCCCACGAGCUGAGAAGUGGCACGACCUCGUCAACCACGAAGCCUUCCGAGAGACAGGCGCCAUCGAGUUCUGGUCUCCCUACACCAACCAAGCUUUUUCACGUCCCCCAAUGUUCAACUGCGAUUACCUCGUCACGCUCGCAAAGUCUCGCUUGGAGGAGACUGGCGAUCACCUAUGGUACCUGCAGUGCGACAGCGAUUACAUGCGACGACAUGUCAAGAUCUGGUUCGCAACUGAGGCCUUCAAGAAGGCGCCAGACCAACAGAGAGCUAUGAUGCUUACGCAACGUAUUGUUCUCGAGAUCGAAAGUCACCUUUGGUGGCGAUGGAUCGAAAUGGAGUGCAACAACGUGGAGGCUGUUCGCAGGCGAUUCAGCGACAGUAUUUAUCCCGGGAUGCCCUUGCCCCCAAAGUAUGACAAGGCUCUGGGUGCUCUUGAGCUUCUGCUCGUCAACCAGGUCAAUUUCAGAGCCGAACUACUUGGGAAACUUCUGCCGCUUAUGCCAGGCAUGCAGAAACACUGGAAAAUCGACCGCAGCUACGCUUCGUCCAAAACAAUGGGCCUAGUGAAACGCAUUACGAUUCCCAAUACCCAAGAAGCACUUACCAACGACCCCCUCGACUGGUGCCUUGUUCAACUACAGGGAAAGCCUGACACUCCGCUGAAUUUCGACCAUGCCAUGCUCUUCGCCAUGCUCCGGGAUCAUUUGUCCAACAAUGCUUCGGAAGGGAAAAGGUUGGACGAGAUCACGUACCAGAUGCUCUCUGACCUAUCAACAUGUCACGAAAUGCUUGUUGCAGUCCGUUCACAUAGGCCUCAAACCACCUUGGGAACACUGGAUGAAGUAAUUGCUACAGAACAUCGCGGGUUUUGGAAGAUUCGUCGGCCACUUACGAUCAAUGAAGAAGUGUUCAAAGACAUCGGAACGGCUUUUAUGGAAGACUUCUACCGUGUGAAGCCACCAACUGGUUCAAAAGGUUCUGGGCGCGCUACACAGCUUCGAGCGCUCUCUACAGCGGUGGAGAAGUUCUGGGGAUCAAUCAGGGCAUAUGUGAGAGAAGACUUGACAAAGAGCGAUACUGCUUUCAGCUCGGAAGAGGCUGGGGAUCUUCUUGGCGUGGUUUCAGCACACCUCAGUCGGGAGUAUAUCCAGGAGAAGCGACGGGCUGAGGCUGAGAUCCUCACUGCAAUCAAGAUCGCAGACAAAGCCACGCCCAUUGAUGAAGCCUUCAACGCAGGUUCCGAGCCGAGCCUCACGUCUACCACGAUAGUACAAGGCCGAGAGAAGGUCAAGACACGAGGAGAGCAGGGAUCUUCUAGCAAUGAUGUCACAGAACCGCAAGCUGAAGAUGCAGGAGAGGUGACCAAAGAAACUGUCAUAACAUUGCCGGAAGAAGCACUAGGAGUCAUUCGUCUCAUGUUUCCCAGCAAGGACGGUGUUGCCAAGGAUGUUACAUGGAAUCGAUUCGUCAACAUGAUGACCAAGGCGGGCUUCACAGCAAGGAACACCGGGUCAGCGGUGUCUUUCAAGCAGGUAUCUGGGUCUGGGGCGGGAGGGAGUAUUGUCUUCCACAAACCGCAUCCUGCUGACAAGAUUGAUCCGAUUCUCUUACGAAUCAUGGGGAAGAGAAUGACGAAGUGGUUUGGUUGGAAGCGGGAGCUUUUCGCUUUGCAGGGCGAAGCGACUUCAGUUAUCUAG